UAUUGAAUCCUACAAUUGCACGAGAAUAAUAGGAAUUUAGAUUUUUUAAGCUCGAAUGUAACUAAUAUUUUUUUCAUCAAAUAUUCAUAUUUUUCAUCCCAUAUUUUUAUUAAAUUUUUUAAUAAAUUUAUGUUAGCACAUGAUAUGAACUCAAUAUUAUUGCUAACUAUUGCCACAAAGAUGCUAUUAGGUGCACUUGAGAAUUAUAAAUCAUCCUCCAAGAAUCCCCAAACAAAAAGUCUCCACCAACCGCUCCAAACCCAUUACUCAUUACCCAUGACGCCAUCCAAAUGCGAUCCCAACAGCGGUUUCGACCCACAGACCCGCAUUUUCCACAGCCUCCGCCCACCCAUUUCCUUGCCCCCUCUCACAACCCCCUUUUCCUUCCCCGACUAUGUAUCCAACCUCCAUGACACCCAUACCUCCGCCGCCUCCCUCAUCCACGCCCCCACGCGCCGCCGCAUAUCUCUCUCUGACCUCCCUCGGUUGUUCCGAACCCUAGCCUCCAACCUAAGCCGCCGAUUCCACCUCUCCAAAGGCGACGUGGCCUUCAUCCUCUCCCCCAACUCCAUCCACAUCCCUAUCCUCCACCUCGCCCUGCUCUCCCUCGGCGUCGUCGUCUGCCCUUCCAAUCCCCUUAGCUCCGCCGCUGAGAUCUCCCGCCAGAUGUUCAUCACCAGACCUGCAAUUGCGUUUGCCGCCUCGAAUUGCGCAUCCAAGUUGCCUCCCUUACGCCUGGGGACAGUCCUGCUGGACUCCCCCGACUUCGACUCCCUUCUUCUUCCCAGAUCCGGACCCGCCGAGAGUCCGGUUAGGGCCGGCGUGCUCCAGAGCGACACGGCGGCGAUCCUCUUCUCGUCCGGGACGACCGGGAGGGUCAAGGGCGUUGAGCUCACUCACCGGAAUCUCGUGGCCUCGGUAGCCGCCGUGCGCGCAGUCCGCUCCGUCCGUCCAUCUCCUGCGGUAACCCUUUGUGCGGUCCCAUUCUUCCACGUGUACGGGUUCGUGCUGUGCCUCCGGGAGGUGGCUCUCGGCGGGAGCAUGGUGGUGGUGGAUAGGGCGUAUCUGGGGACGCUUCUGGAAGCCGUUGAGGAGUUCAAGGUGACGCAUCUGGCGACGGCGCCGCCUACGGUGGUGGAGAUGGUGAAGACUGAGGCGGCGCUGGAGAGAUUUGAUCUGAAUUUGUUGGAGGCGGUGCUCUGCGGCGGAGCCCCGUUGGCGAAUUCGGUAGUGGAGAAAUUUAAGGGAAGGUUUGGCCACGUGACACUGAUGCAGGCAUAUGGGCUAACUGAAACAACUGGCGGAAUUACUCGAAUGGUGGAUUCGAAAGACAGUCGAGUAAUUGGAUCGAAUGGACGUUUGUCCUCUAAUUGUGAAGUCAAAAUUGUUGAUCCUCUCAUUGGUCAUGGUUUGCCUCCUCUCGAGCCAGGGGAGCUUUGGAUUAGAGGCCCAAUGGUCAUGAAAGGCAGCUAUGUAGGAGAUAAAGAAGCAACAAAGACAAUGCUUGAAUCUGAUGGAUGGUUAAGAACUGGUGAUAUAUGUUAUUUGGACAAGCAAGGGUACCUAUUUUACGUGGAUAGGAUGAAAGAACUGAUUAAAUACAAAGGCUACCAGGUUCCUCCGGCGGAGCUGGAAGAUCUUCUUCUAUCACAUCCUGGCAUUAUUGAUGCAGCCGUGAUCCCGCUUCCUGAUGAGAGUGCGGGCCAAAUACCUGCUGCUUUUGUAGUACGAAAACUGGGAUGUAAAGUAAACGAGUCAGAGAUAAUGAAUUUUGUUGCACAACAGGUUUCUCCGUACAAGAAAAUUAGAAAAGUCUUCUUCAUUGAUUCAAUACCAAAGAAUGCCCCAGGCAAGGUACUGCGAAAGCAAUUAACAGAGUUAGCAUCGGGCAUUGCAUCUAAGUUAUAGUGGCUUUCUUAAUUUUGCUUUUACAGGAAUGUAACUCAUUCAUUUGUACAUGAUGUUGGUCCACUGUGUUGUCUGAAAAAGAAUAUAGUCAUCUCCAUUGGAAAAAAAUUAUUCUCAAUCUCAUUUUGCCAUAACUAAUACCCACCAUUUCGAUGCACGGAAACAUUUAUUACCUAUUUGUUUUUUAAAAAGUAUUUUUGUAUUUAAAAUGUCUCAUGUCAUUAGAAAUAUCAUGAAAAUAAA